AUGAAAGGUGUUAACAAAAAGUUAAUACAGGAGGAAGGUUGUUUCCCGUGCAGGAUUCUCCCGCCCUCCUCAGCCAGCUGGAACAACACCCCCAAGAAGAAGAAGAAGAAGCCCAUUCCUCCUUCAAAAAUAGUUUCUCAGAUUUUACAAGAGGCGCCAACAGUUAGCAGGAAUCUCGGGGAGAACCAAAACAACCUGCUGAAAGUUGCAGAUUACUGCGAAAACAACUACCUGCAGGCAGAUGAUCCAAGCAAGGUAGUGGAGGAGUCCAAGGCUUUAACCAUUCAGGCGUUGGCGAGUGUAACUUACCAGAUCAACAAUGUUGCAACUUUACUGCUCAGACUGCUGGACUCUCAGACCAUGCGGCUCAGCAACAUGGAGUCUUCAGUCAACCUGCUGUCACUGGCUGCAGCCAUCCACUAUGAGAAGGUGGCCAGAAGAGAGAUCAGCACUUUCACCAUCUCCCAAAACAAGAUCCGCUCCAAACUUGUGGCCCCGCCUCCUUCAGGCAAGGAAGCAGAGAGAAUAUACUCCAGGGUACCAAUAUCAUACUCCAUCUUGGACUCCACUGGACAUUGUUUCCAGGUCACCAGGGAGACACCCACUAAGGUGCCAGGGACCACCAGGGACAGCACACUGAGCAUUGCAGAUGUUCCCUCGUCCAAUCAAGGCAUCGCUGUACCGCUACCAUCAGUUCCUGCUCAUUCUAACACCCACAAUAACCUUCCUCCUCCUCAUCAUCAUCAGCAAAACUCAUUGGACCUCACAGGGGGUACGCAUCUCUUGCCUCCACCUCCACCCACUGGCACCUCCAACAUUGUGCCUCCCCCACCAAACAUCUUUUCACCUCCCGCAGUAGCAGAUGCUUCUCUCCCACCUCCCCCUGUAACAGGAGGUCCUCCUCCUCCUCCUCCACUUCCUGCAUCUCUUACUUCCUGCAUGGACGCCAGCCUGCCAACACCACCUUCUUUAACCUCACCAACAUGUCUGCCACCACCACCAAACAACCUCCUUUCUCCUCCUCCACCUCCACCCACUGGCACCUCCAACAUUGUGCCUCCCCCACCAAACAUCUUUUCACCUCCUCCAGGAGCAGAUGCUUCUCUCCCACCUCCCCCUGUAACAGGUACUCCUCCUCCUCCUCCACUUCCUGCAUCUCUUACUUCCUGCAUGGACGCCAGCCUGCCAACACCACCUUCUUUAACCUCACCAACAUGUCUGCCACCACCACCACCCCCACCACCAAACAACCUCCUUUCUCCUCCUCCUGUAGCAGGGGGUACGCAUCUCUUGCCUCCACCUCCUCCACCUCCACCCACUGGCACCUUCAACAUUGUGCCUCCCCCACCAAACAUCUUUUCACCUCCUCCAGGAGCAGAUGCUUCUCUCCCACCUCCCCCUCUAACAGGUACUCCUCCUCCUCCUCCCCCCACUUCCUGUAUGGACACCAGCCUGCCAUCACCACCAUCCUUGACCUCACCGACAUCUCUGCCACCACCACCUCCUCCUCCUCCACCAAACAUAUUUUCUCAGCCUCCUGUAGCAGGAGCUCCUCCUUUACCGCAUCCUCCACCUCCACCUCCACCUCCACCCACUGGCAUCUCCAACAUGUUGCCAGCUCUUCCCCCUCCACCCAUACAUUAACAAACCCAUUUCCUAUGAAAGCAGCUGAAAUGCAACACUACUGUGUUGCAGUA